GAUGUCUUUCCAGAAUUCUUCUAUUACAGAACCAGACAACUCUAAUCAUAGUGUCCCAGCCUAUAUUCUACUUGGAGUAACCUCCCUUGGUUGUCUUGGUAAUGCAAUUGCCAUAGUAAUCAUCCUGGUAUUCCGAAAGUUCCGGAAAUCAUCAACAGCUUUCAUAUGUCACCAGUGUUUCCUUGACCUUGUGAAGGGCCUGUACAAUUUUUUAUAUGGAUUUCAUCUGAUAAGGCAGACGGAGGUACCAGCAUGCCACGCAAUAGGGGCAUCUUACGUUCUAUUUGUAACUGUGUCUGCUUACAAUUUAUUAGCAAUAGUUGUCAAUGAAGAGUGUGAAAUGCAGAGACCAUCAAAACACAGGGAAAAGAACCAUUUUUGUGUGGUGUUUGGAAUUGCUAUUCUCUGGUUCACUUGUGUACUUAUACAUAUGGGUGUGGCAUUUUUACCAAAAGAACCAGAAUUUAUCCCCGGUGUGGGCAGCUGUAUGUUUUCAUAUGGAACACCAAGCAACCUUGUUUUACAUAUUCUAUGGAUCAUUCUUAUAUCCAUGGCAAUAUUUCUCACUUUGAUGCAUUUUUUGUCAAUGUACUGCAGAGUGAGAUUUAAAGCAAAAAGUUUGAAAUGGGCACUAAUUCACAGGUCAUUGCUGAGGGACGUAUUUACAAGCUCCAGCCAUGACCUUGAUCCUAAAACUGUCCAAAAGAGUUGCCAUAGCAACAAUUUAUACACACACCUUUACCUCAGAAGAAUCAAAAUCUUAACAGUUAUGGUACUGAGUUUCAUAGCAUUCUGGUACCCUUUAUUCUUGCUGACAAUUGUGGACUAUAAAUUUAAAUCCUCUAAACAUAUCUACCAGGGACUCACAAUUCUAUCAUGGUGUCAUCCGGCAACAACAUCAAUAUUCACAUUCCUUAUUCUACAUGAUAUGUCAAGCAAAGACGGUCUCAUGAGAAGAAUUUAUUCAAAUGUAUAUCCCAUGAUGCAACAGUACAGAGACCCUUCAAAUCAUCCGAUCAUAUGCAACGACUGGGAGGGAGCUAACUCUGGCAUCCUGAACACUCACUUCAACGAAAGUAUACUUAGAGGUCAAGGUCACAGUCAAAAUUUAGUGAAUAAUGAGACAGAUUUCUCUAUCAUACAAAGCAAUCAAGAAUGUCAAAUGUUGUUACAGUGUGACUCAGUAGAUCAGAAUUUAAUCGCAAAUGACCUUGACCCUGACUCUGCAGCAGAAGAUAUUUUAGUUGUGAAAAGUGAUAUGCAGAUGCCACUUGUGAUAGAACAGUGGGACAGUUCUCCAACUAGUCCUGGGAAACAAAGGAAAAACUAAUAGAAGGACAGUUUACCAACUUGUCCUGGAAAACAAGGAAAAAAACAUUUGUACAGUUCUCGAACUAGUCCUGAGAAACAACUGGACUUAAAACAGCCAAACUGCAAAGUUAACACAGAGAUUGACAAUGUGACAACUGUCAGGCAAGUCUUUCACACAGUAGUCAUCUGCCUUUUGCAUAAAGCAAGACAAGACAAAAUAGAUCAAACAUUUUGAAAAUAGUGACUACUGAGAGAGGGGCAAAAGAAAUUAUGUAAGAGAAAACUACAGAGGAGAGUUGAAACUGGAUAUUUAAAAUCCUUUUGGACAAUUAGAAAGUUUAAACCAACAUCAUUUCAAACUAAACAAGCUUUAGUAAAGGCUGAAAUGGUAAAUUUGAUUUUGAGGCUGGGAGUUAGUUCAAGUUAUCGAAUUUUAACCAUAUGACAUAUGUUUUGUGUAUAUGAAAUGUUUUAAAUCUUCAAAGAGUAAAGAAAAUUCUGAAAGGGUAAAAGUGAUUCACUGAACUUCGUUUAUCUAAAUUUUGCAAAGAACCUUUUCCAGAUGGUUAAACAUGUC